GGGUGGCGCGCGCGCCGGCGGGGCCGCGCGGGGAGAAAGACACUGGAAGGCGGCGGGGCGGGGAGCGGCGCGCGCGGGCCGCGGCGGAGCAGGAGGCUGCAAGGAGAGCCCGCGGGGGCCCGGGGGUGCGAUUCCUCCGCCCCCGCAAAACAAUGUGUGGAGUGCAGCGGGGCGCAACUUGCCGGAGGCGGCGGGGGCGCGCUGAGCCCGCUUGAGACCGCGCCGCUGACCUUCUCCCCCCGCCGUCCGUUGGGCCCGAGCGCCCAGCUCCUCGCUCCCCAGCUCGCGGGGGCCGGGCCGAGCUGCGGGGCGGGGCCGCCCCUCUGUCGCUGCUGCCUCCUCCCCCACCUCCAGCCGCGGAGGAUGCGGACGGCCCCCGGCGGCGUCUAGCGGCCCCGGGCCCAGGCGCGAUGGUGCAGCAGCGGGGCGCGAGGGCCAAGCGGGACGGCGGGCCGCCGCCCCCGGGGCCCGGGCCGGCCGAGGAGGGGGCGCGGGAGCCCGGCUGGUGCAAGACCCCGAGCGGCCACAUUAAGAGACCGAUGAACGCAUUCAUGGUGUGGUCGCAGCACGAACGGCGGAAGAUCAUGGACCAGUGGCCCGACAUGCACAACGCCGAGAUCUCCAAGCGCCUGGGCCGCCGCUGGCAGCUGCUGCAGGACUCGGAGAAGAUCCCUUUCGUGCGGGAGGCGGAGCGGCUGCGCCUCAAGCACAUGGCGGAUUACCCGGACUACAAGUACCGGCCGCGCAAAAAGAGCAAGGGGGCGCCCGCCAAGGCGCGGCCCCGCCCCCCCGGCGGCGGCGGCGGCAGUGGUGGCAGCCGGCUGAAGCCCGGGCCGCAGCUGCCUGGCCGCGGGGGCCGCCGAGCAGCGGGAGGGCCUCUGGGGGGCGGCGCGGCGGCGCCCGAGGACGACGACGAGGACGACGACGAGGAGCUGCUGGAAGUGCGCCUGGUCGAGACCCCCGGGCGGGAGCUGUGGAGGAUGGUCCCGGCGGGGCGGGCCGCCCGGGGACCAGCGGAGCGCGCCCAGGGGCCGUCGGGGGAUGGGGCGGCUGUCAGCGCCGCCUCCCCGACUCCGUCGGAGGACGAAGAGCCGGAGGAAGAGGAGGAGGAGGUGGCGGCGGCGGAUGAAGGCGAAGAGGAGACGGUGGCGUCGGGGGAGGAGCCGCUGGGCUUUCUGUCCAGACUGCCCCCCGGCCCCGCCGGCCUGGACUGCAGCGCCCUGGACCGCGACCCGGACCUGCCGCCCCCCUCGGGCACGUCGCACUUCGAGUUCCCGGACUACUGCACCCCCGAGGUUACCGAGAUGAUCGCGGGGGACUGGCGCCCGUCUAGCAUCGCCGACCUGGUUUUCACCUACUGAGCCCACCGUCAGCGGGGCGCGCACGCCCCCAAACCAGCUGUUUACAUACAGGAAUCAG